UUGCUGCCUAAAUACACAAUAUCUAUCUAUCUAUCUAUCUAUCUAUCUAUCUAUCUAUCUAUCUAUCUCUUCAUUAUUUAUAUGUCUCUCUGCGUACUGUUAUCACUUUAUCUCUACCUGUUCAUAUCUAUCUAUCUAUCUAUCUAUCUAUCUAUCUAUCUAUCUAUCUAUCUAGUACAGUGUUCAUAUCUCAGUCCUUUUAUAUCUAUCUAUCUAUCUAUCUAUCUAUCUAGUACAGUGUUCAUAUCUCAGUCCUUUUAUAUCUAUCUAUCUAUCUAUCUAUCUAUCUAUCUAGUACAGUGUUCAUAUCUCAUCCUAUCUAUCUAUCUAUCUAUCUAUCUAUCUAUCUAUCUAGUACAUCUAUCUAUCCUUUUAUAUCUAUCUAUCUAUCUAUCUAUCUAUCUAUCUAUCUAUCUAUCUAGUACAGUGUUCAUAUCUCAGUCCUUUUAUAUCUAUCUAUCUAUCUAUCUAUCUAUCUAUCUAUCUAUCUAUCUAUCUCACACAGUUAUCUCUUUAUCUCGUGCACUUCGAUGUGAUAUCUUUUCACAUCAUUCUUUUGAUUUUCAUGACUUUUUUUUUCUUUUUCUUCUGGUUUCAUUUAUUUCUCAUUCAAAAUCAGUUUUCUUGUUAUACUUUUUUUUCUUUCCUUUUUAUAUGAAGUUAUUAUUGUUAUGCUAUCAUUCGCUUCUCGUUCACAUUCAAACUUUCUUUCUUUUCCCUCUAUUCUUCUCUUUUUCUAUCCAUUCUGAGAUUACAUUGUCUCUAUUCUUUCUUUCUUUCCUUCACUUUCCAUUUCGAUUCCCAUUUCCUUCUUUGUCUUCGCUAUUUUGUUUUUUCUUUUAUUCAUUUCUAAUUCACAUACAAACAAUUCCUUAUUUGCAUAUUUCUUUCUUUCUUCUCUAUUCAUAUACGGGCUUCUUUCUUUCUUUUUCUUUAAUUUCUCUCUCCCAUUCCCAUUAA